AUGUGUUACUAUGGCAGCUACUAUGGAGGCCUGGGCUGUGGCUAUGGUGGCCUAGGCUAUGGCUAUGGCUGUGGCUAUGGUGGCUAUGGUUAUGGCUGCUGCCGCCCACUCUGCUGUAGAAGAUACUGGUCCUGUGGCUUCUACUGA